GAGAGAGAGAGGGGGGGGUGAAGAGACACAGGGUGACAGUGAGAAAGGCAGGAAGCUGCCUUCGAGCUGGGAGUGGUCAGACAUAUAAAAGACAACCCGUCUUCCUUCUUUCUGCAUUUGACUUCUCUCUUCCCCCUCUUCCUCAUACCUGAGACUAUACCUGCACAGGAUGUCGUGGCAAGGAUACAUUGACAACCUAACUACUCCUGAUGCCGAUGGGAACACCCCGGUCAAGGAUGCAGCCAUCUGCGGGAUAUCGGCUGGACAGCAGAGUGUGUGGGCCAGUUCGCCUGGACUAGCCAAAAUCACGGAGGAAGAAAUUAAAAGGCUGGCUGGAAACAGGUCAUCCUUCCGCACUGACGGUCCCACCAUCGCAGGAAUGAAGUGCAUGAUGCUCAGAGACCAGAUGGACGAGGAUCAGGUCUUCACCUUGGACCUGAAGACAUCCAAGCAGGACGACGGCCAAGCCUACUCAAUAUGUGUCGGCAAGAGCAAAUCUGUUUUAGUCAUGGUUCAGGGGAAAAAAGACGCCGUGGGGGGGCAGCUGGCCUCCAAGGUGUUCGGGAUCGUUGAUUACCUGCGAAAAUCCAAUAUGUGAGACAAGACAGACGCCCCCCUCCCAUACCCUCCAAACAAGAUGGCCGCCACCCCAGCCUCCCUCUGCGUAUCGACUCAAGAAAAUGGCCGCUGUCCCGAGCUUGUGUAGUUUUUUAUAAUGUGUGCCAUCAGGGAUGAAUAAAGUGUUUAAAGUGUUAGUGAGCGAGGAGCUCAGUGGUUGGCUCACAGAACCAGAGUUACAGUUGUUACAGUACAAGAGACUGCGUCCAAUCACAGUCCGAGGAAAUAAAACAGAAAUAUGUUUAUUCUCAAA